CGUAAGUCUUUGAGUAGUGUAGUUCAGUUCAGUUCUGAAUUUAGGUUCAGCUCACGAGAUACAAAUAGAGCCUAGACAAGUUCAGAUAUGGGAUAGUAAAUAAAGUUGUGUUGAUAUUUGAGUGGAUGAUAAGCCUAAUGAAAUGUGACUGAAAAGAAUCGAUCUUUUUGAAGUUCUUCUAGUGAAUUUCCCCUCUCUAAUACGUGUAACUGUUCUGGAACUACAAUUGUUGACAUAAAUCGUGUCUUGAGGUUAUAGAAAUAAUUUAUUAAGUUUUAGUUUUAAAUAGUGGAUAAAGCAAACACAAUGUCUGCUAGACAAUUACUACUUCUAUCAGCUGGCACUAUAUUUGGUUCAGAAUUUCUCCAGUAUGCAGCAGAUGAUAUUAAAUCUUUUUUAACAAGGAACAAUGUGUGCAGAAUACUGUUCAUUCCGUAUGCUUUACAUGACCACGAUGCAUAUGAAGAUAAAGCUAGAAAAGCUUUUGGGAAAAUGGGUUUUGAGGUGGAGAGUAUUCACAGAUCUAGAGAUCCGCCUCGUUCUGUAGCCUCUGCUCAGGCAAUAUUUGUGGGCGGAGGAAACACGUUCAGGCUUCUCAAGGCUCUACAUGACAAUAAGCUCGUCCUGCCAAUCAGAGAGAAGGUUUUACAGGAAGGCACUCCUUACAUAGGAGCUAGUGCAGGAACCAACGUAGCCACGGUCAACAUCUGUACUACCAACGACAUGCCGAUUGUGUAUCCUCCGACAUUUGCUGCGCUCAACCUAGUUCCUUUCAACAUCAACCCUCACUAUAUCGAGCCUGACCCUGGCUCUCAACAUAUGGGUGAGACGAGAGAGCAGCGGAUACAGCAGUACUUUGAAUGUGAAGAGUGGUACCCGGUGCUGGGACUGAGGGAGGGGAGUAUGUUGCUCAUCCUUGGAGAGAAAGCGACGCUUAAGGGGUUGUCUCAAGUCGCCAAACUUUUCACCAAAGAUGAAAAAUCCAAAGAGUUUCCAGUGGGUUCAGACCUGAGUUUUUUGCUGAAGAAUGGUAAAAAGACAGCUGAAUGCUGAUUUUGCACAAGCUGUGUUAUUGAUCUCAUCAAUAGAAUUGAAUAAAAGUUAUAUAAACAUUUUUGCUCUGUAAAAUAGCUGAAAGAGAGAGUAAAUUACAUGUAUAUGGUCUAUUU